AUGGCUCCUGGAAUCGCUCUUGACGGUGAUCAUUCCCCAACAAAUGGGGUCACCAGCUCAAAGCCCACCGUUUAUGUCCUCGAUCAAUUCAACGAAAAGGCUAUUUCACACGCCAAGACGAUUUUCAAUGUUAUCCUUCCCGAAGACGAGGGGUUCGCAGAGUGGAGGCAGAAGGCAUCCGCCCUUCUAAUCCGAGGCUCCUAUUUGACUGCAGACGACAUUGCCAGCUGCCCUAACCUCGUUGCCAUCGGCAAGCAUGGAGUGGGUAUUGAUAAGAUCGACCAAGCAGCCUGUGCGAAGCGGGGUAUCAAAAUAUGCAAUACACCUGGCGCCAACGCACGCGAUGUUGCCGAGCUAGUUCUUGCAUUAAGCAUGACCGUUGCCCGCGGGAUUCGCUCCAUCACUACUCGCCAAAUGACCAAGCCCGUGCCAAAGGAAACAUGCAAUGGUCUGACGCUUUACAAGAAGACCCUUGGAAUCAUCGGCAUGGGUAACAUUGGCCGUACUGUGGCGGAAAUCUUCCGAGGGGCCUUUGAUGCCGAAGUCGUCGCCUUUGAUGUCUUCAUGCCCGAGAAUGCAUGGCCUCACAUCCCCCAUGACCGUGUACAAGAUAUCCAGGAGGUCAUUCGAAGGGCUGAUAUUCUCUCCAUUCACGUUCCCUUGACCGAUGGGACGCGGGAUAUGAUCUCUUACAAGGAGCUCCGAAUGAUGAAGCCUGAUGCCAUUUUAAUCAACGCCGCUCGAGGUGGAAUUGUGAAUGAGGCAGAUCUCACCAAGGCCCUUGGCGAAGGCCACCUUUGGGGUGCAGGUCUGGACUGCCACGAACAAGAGCCUCCUACUUUUGAGAAGUAUAGCACGCUGUGGGAGAACUUGAAUGUCGUCAGCACUCCCCACAUCGGAGCGGCUACGACUCGGGCACAAACUGCGAGUGCGAUGGCGGCUGUGAACAAUUUGUAUGAUUAUUUGAUGACACUUCAGAAUUAG